AGCCGCACACCGCGAGGCGCGCCGCCCCCCCCCGGAGCGCGCCGAGGGGGCCCCGGGCACGCUCGGUAGCCGCGGGCCGAUGGCCGCGGCCGCCGCCUGAGGUCCCGCGCGCGGCCGGCGGGGGCGGCGGCGGCCCUGCGCUGCCUCCCAGGCCCCCGCCCGCCAUGAGGCCGGACAAGUUCUACAAUCACCGGGCGGGGCCAGCGUCGGCGUGCUGCACGGGCAGGGGAGUCGUGCUCCAGGUUGCCAAGCGCCUGGAGUUCUGGCUCUUCCUGCUCGUCCACAUCGGCGUGAGCGUCGCUUGGCGUAUGGGGUUCCUGCAG